UCAUUUCCACUAUUUUCAGGAUUAGUGAAGCCUCUGAUCUCUGUUGGGAAACUGAAACUGGAAUCAAACCGAAGCUUGAUUCCUGUUUCAGUAUCUGUUUCUGAGAAUUCCAGGUUUCUCUGCAGUCUAAUUAUAGUUGAUAAGCAAGGCCGUAAGUGAAGUUUUUAACUUGGUAUUUUAGAUGGGUUGUUUGUAAAUUUAUUUACUGUGUUCUUUGUGGUAUUUUGGCAUUGGGGUUAAUCACAGUAAAGUUCAGUUAAAUGGAAAGAAAACCAGACAAUGGUUUGAUGGAACAAUCAAGUGCACAAAAACAGUUUCAGUACAAUUCCAUGGAUCCUCAAGAUGAGGAAUUCUAUUCUGCACCUCAAUCAUUUGUGCAGGACCCUCUGAGUACUAUCCACACUAAUAUUAGAUCACCUCACCUUAACAUAUCAGAAUUUAAACCAGUUCUUAAUUACUCCAUACAGACAGGCGAGGAGUUUUCUCUUGAGUUUAUGCGUGAUCGGGUGAAUCCAAGGAAGCCUUUGCUUCCAAAUAUUGAUCUCAAUUAUGCAACAGGCUAUAUGGAACUAAAAGGAAUUUUAGGUAUCAGUCGUACAGGGUCUGAAAGUGGAUCAGAUAUUUCAAUGCUCAACACAGUUGAAAAAGGUCAAAAAGGUGUUGAGAGAAAUAACUCUUCUUUGUAUGGAGACAGAAGUAACUAUGGAUCAUUUCAAUCAGUGCCACCACCUUUGUCAGGUUAUGAAAGUGGUAGGGGAGUUCUUGGCUAUGCCUCCUCUGGAGCCUCAGAUAGCUUAUCAACGAAAAUGAAGGUUCUCUGCAGCUUUGGUGGAAAAAUCCUGCCCCGGCCUAGUGAUGGAAAGCUGAGGUAUGUUGGUGGUGAAACACACAUUGUCCGUAUAAGAAAGGACAUUUCUUGGCAGGAGCUUAUGCAGAAAACUUUAUCAAUUUAUAGCCAAGCUCAUGUUAUUAAAUAUCAGCUUCCUGGGGAAGAUCUUGAUGCUUUGGUUUCUGUUUCUGGUGAUGAGGAUCUGCUGAAUAUGAUGGAGGAGUGUAAUGAACUAGAGGAUAGAGAAGGAUCACAGAAGCUUAGGAUGUUUCUGUUCUCCAUGAGUGAUUUGGAUGAUGCUCAGUUUGGUCUGGGCAGUGUGGAUGGUGACUCUGAGGUUCAGUAUGUGGUUGCUGUCAAUGGUAUGGACAUGGGAUCUAGAAACAACUCUACACUGCAUGGUCUGGUGAGCUCUUCAACAAAUAAUUUAGCUAUGUUAGACAGACAGGAGAGUGAGAGGGAAAGUAGGCUUGUGACAGACUCGAUAGGGGUAAGCACUUUUCCUUUGACUGGUACUAUUGUCUCAUCUUCAACUAUUCCAUCUUCACAGCCAAUUCUACCGAGUUCCUCAGAUGCUUAUGAAACCUAUCCACAGGUUUACCCUGGCCAGAUGAUGCAUCAUGUAGAAUCUAGGCAGUAUCCUUUGCACCAUGGCCAGGAUCCUGCUCAUCACUCCCCUUUUGGGGCAAUUCCUACUCUGGUACCUCUUCAUGAGCUUAUGAAUCAACAGGGAGGUUUGACUGAAGGGCUGCCAUAUGGUGGCUUACGGGUACUGAAUUCAGAGUUGGCAGGAAAGCAGGUGAAACCAAAAUGUGAUGGUUCUGUUCAGCAAAAGAUUGACACCAAUACAAUUUGCUCAUUGGAGAAAGAUCAUACUGUUCCCUCACAGCCUUAUGAUGGUAACUUGAUAGAUAAUCGUUCUGUUGAAGAAGCAGGGGCCACCAUUGCUGCACCUGAUGGAGAUCUACCUUUAUUGUCUUCAAAAAAUGAGGGAAAGCACCAGGAAGUUGAACAUGUCUCUUCAUCCGUUGAUGCUGUGAAUUCCACACAGGUGGCCAAAUCUAGUGACGAUGACCAUUAUUCCACAUCAAGUAGUGCAUUCGCUCCUGGUUAUGCUGAUUCUGAGUCCAGUGCAAUUGAUCUUAAUAACCUUGAGCUGCCGAUGCCUCCUCAGAGAUUCUAUUAUUCAGAAAGAAUUCCCAGGGAGCAGGCAGAGUUGCUGAAUCGAUUGUCAAAGUCUGAUGAUUCACAUGGUUCUCAGUUUCUCAUAUCUCAGUCACGUUCUAAUAUUGAUCAGCAGGAUUCUAUUACAGAAUGUGUUGACAAAUUGCAUGACAGAAAUACAGCUCCCCAAAUUGAACAGUCUACUUCAACAUCAAAGCCAUUGUUUACAGAUACUCAUACUAUUGAUGAGGGACUUGCCCAACUUCAAAAGUACAAAGAGUUUGCUGAUGCACUUUGUCAGAUGACUUCAAAGCUUCCACAAGAUGUGGAUUAUGAGUCAAAUCAUGAAUCGCCAAAACUUAAGGAUAAUAAAGAUGCUGUGAAUGAGAAUUCUGUUCUUACGUCUGACCAUGCUACAAACUUCUCUAAAGAUGGGCAUGAGAGACCUUUGGCUGAUGAACCUGCAGAUGCUGGAUCAGAACUUCCUGCUGUGAGACCAGUAACCUUUAAGCCUGAUGAGGAUAUGGCAUCUAAUCUUUUGGAGGCUCAUUGGGGUGAGGCCAGUGGCAAGGGUUCCAGUAAUGAUGAUGCAAUGGGAUCUGCACAGCCAUUUUCUUGGAUGGGAAGCUCAACUGAAGAUGUUUCUAAAGAACUUGCCUCUGGUGGUGAUUCCGCACCUGUACAAGGAGAGAUUGUUAUUGAUAUUGAAGACAGAUUCUCUCGUGAUUUCCUUUCUGAUAUAUUCUCCAAAGCAAUUAUUUCUGAAGAUUCCUCUGGCAUUAGUCCACUGCAUAAAGAUGGAGCUGGCUUGAGUAUAAACAUGGAGAAUCAUGAACCUAAGCGUUGGUCUUAUUUUCAGAAAUUGGCACAAGAAGGAUUUGUUCAAAAAGAUGUUUCUCUUAUAGACCAGGAUCAUUUUGCUUUUUCAUCUGCAGUUAGAGAAGUGGAAGGAGUUUUAGAUAGCCAGUCUCAGCACAAUUUUGGUGAAGACAAUCAGAAAGAAUUACCUGGAAUACCUGGAGCUGACAACAACACUCUGCAUCCAAAAUAUGAUCAUCCCCAAGAGAAGGACACUGAAAGUGUGCAGUUUGAUAUUAUGAUGGAAAACCUAAGAAUACCAGAGUCAGAGUAUGAGGAGGGGAAGCUUGAAUCUGGAAAUAGUGGUCUACCUCCUCUAAAUCAUUCACUUGAUGAUUUUGAUAUCAGCACUUUGCAGAUCAUAAAGAACGAAGAUCUUGAAGAGCUGAGGGAACUGGGUUCUGGUACCUUUGGGACAGUGUAUCACGGCAAAUGGAGAGGAUCAGAUGUUGCUAUUAAAAGAAUAAAGAAGAGUUGCUUCAUGGGCCGAUCAUCAGAGCAAGAGAGACUGACUGCAGAGUUCUGGCGAGAAGCUGACAUUCUCUCAAAGCUUCACCAUCCAAAUGUGGUGGCAUUCUAUGGUGUAGUGCAAGAUGGACCAGGGGGGACAUUAGCAACCGUGGCAGAGUUCAUGGUUGAUGGUUCUCUUAGGCAUGUUUUACUUCGCAAGGAUAGGUAUCUUGAUCGUCGCAAGCGACUAAUAAUUGCUAUGGAUGCAGCAUUUGGAAUGGAAUAUUUACACUCAAAGAAUAUUGUGCAUUUUGACUUAAAAUGUGACAACUUGCUAGUGAACUUGAAAGAUCCUUUACGACCAAUUUGCAAGGUUGGUGAUUUUGGCCUGUCAAAAAUCAAGCGAAAUACGCUGGUUUCUGGUGGUGUACGGGGAACCUUACCAUGGAUGGCCCCAGAGCUGUUGAAUGGCAGCAGCAAUAAGGUAUCCGAGAAGGUUGAUGUGUUCUCCUUUGGUAUCGUCUUAUGGGAGAUUCUCACUGGCGAGGAGCCAUAUGCCAACAUGCACUAUGGUGCAAUCAUAGGAGGUAUCGUGAGUAACACGUUGAGGCCAACCAUUCCAAGUUACUGUGAUCCUCAAUGGAGAAUGCUAAUGGAGCAGUGUUGGGCCCCUAAUCCUGCAACCAGGCCAUCCUUCACAGAAAUUACUAGUCGUUUACGCGUCAUGUCUGCAGCAGCUAGCCAAGCCAAAUCACACGGUCAAAAGUCAUCUAAGUAAUGGUUCAAUGGCUUCUUAUGCCAUUUCCACUGUGAGCUAUUAUACGAUAAAUUUAUUAAUUUAAUUUUACACACUAGAGAGAUUGUAUAUUACAUUAGUCACAGGAAUAAUUGGCUCCCAUAUUUUUUUUUCUCAAUAUGGAAUAGCCUCUCUUUUCAAGGAAAUCCCUUAUAAUCAUUUUCAUUUUCCACGAAAUUCACAAAUUUUUUUUAAUAGAUGUUACAGUUCCUUAAAUGGAAUUGCGAAGUUUCCAUCUCUCUCUGCUGUUGCUGGACAGGCAUUUUUUAA